CUCUGCCGCAGGUGUUCUCCACCCGAUUAGGGUGACGCACUGGACGCUCUCUGGCGCCGACUGGUGGUUAUCGGCGGUAUAUGCCAUCCACCACCUCUCCCCUGGACCGCCUGGCCCGAGGUGUUGGGACUGGGUUGCCAAACUCCUCCACCGCUGGUUGAAGCCUCGGGUUGUCUCUGACUGACCAGAGACAGGCAUCUCGGCGGGACAGAGCGUCGGCGUUGGCUUGUUCCCUGCCCGGCCAGUGGUCCACCUGGAACCUCAAAUCCUGGAGGGCCAGGAACCACCUCGUCACCCGUGCAUUCGAGUCCUUCGCUCUGGCCAUCCACUUGAGUGGCGCAUGAUCGGUGACGAGCGUGAACUCCCGGCCCAGGAGAUAGUACCUCAGCUUGUCCAGGGCCCACUUGAUGGCCAGGGCCUCUUUCUCCACAGUAGAAUAGUUCAUCUCAUUGGGGAGGAACUUUCUGCUGAUGUAGGUCACUGGGUGUUCCUCUCCCACCCGGACCUGGGAGAGUACCGCUCCCAGACCCAUUUCAGAUGCGUCGUGUGGAAUAUCAGGGGCAGAGAAAAAUCAGGGGUUAUCAGGACGGGCUCCGAGCAGAGGGCUUGUCUGAGGUCACCGAAUGCUCUCUCGGCCGCCUCCGACCACGUUACCCGGUCUGGCAGGGCCUUCCGGGUUAGGUCAUUUAGGGGACUGGCCAGAGUGGCGGAGCCGGGGAUAAACCUGGUAGUACCCUACCAGACCAAGAAACGAUUUCACCUGUUUUUUGGAGGUGGGGCAGGGCCAGUCCCUGUUGGCUGCGACCUUGCUCUCCUGGGGUCGGAUGUUCCCCCGUCCGACUUGGUACCCCUGGUAGGACGUCUCCUCCAGUUCCAUGCGGCACUUGGCGGGGUUGGCUGUGAGUCUGGCCCUCCUCAAGUCCCCCAGGACCGCCCGCAACUGUCGGAGGUGGACAUCCCAGCUGGCGCUGUGGAUGAUAAUGAGCUGGUCCAUCAUCCUCUGGAACGUGACGGGUGCGCCAUGAACGCCGAACGGGAGGACCGUAUACUGGAAUAGACCCCCCGGGGUCGCAAACGCCGUCUUCUCCCGAGCGAACCAUCUACCCGAGCAGUCCUCCUCCCCCCCGUCGGGAAAAAAAAUCCGAGAACUCGGUGAGAAGGGAGCUCUCAGCUUCUCCUGGUGGGCCAGUCUGCUCUGUGGCCGUCAGGGUAUCCGGAGUGUCCAGGGGGGGUCCCGAGGGGGUUCCUCCCAUCGAGUGGCCUGGGGUGCCCGCUGGGCUGGGGCCAUCUCCCUCGGGUCCGUCGUCCUCUGUAGACGAUUCUGCUGGGGUUGAGUGGACCACCCAAGCCCCAUAAGUGGGUCUGCCGGUUCGUUCGUGCCGUCGUGGCGGACCCCGCAGUGGUCGGUAACCCUGUUCGGGGUUCAAUCCCGGCCCGGCCCGUGCCGUAUACAUCCCUCGGGAGGUCCGCACUACCACAUGGCAGGUCUCGUAUGUGCGGGUGUCCCCGUGCACACAGGCGACCUCUAUGGGCUCCCCUCGCCGUCCCCCAGCUAGGUCGGGCGUAGGAGGGUCACGACACUGCCGGUAUCCAAGAGGGCCCGAGUGUCCUUAUUCCCCUACCCGCAAUGGGAGGGUUGGGGCCAAGAGCUUCUGAUGCGCCCAACAGGUGGUCAGGAGACACAUCCCUGACCGUCCCUCAUCGGCGAAGGCCGACGACAUGGAUACGUCCCGGUUUCUGGGACACUGUCGGGCUAGGUGUCCGGUCAGUCCGUAGCUGAAGCACCGUCUAUCCUCUUGGGGCUUCUGGGAGAGGGUCGGCGGUCUCAGUGUGGGUGCUCGUGGCAAAGGAUUCGGUCCUCGGCGGUCCCGGUGCGUCUCGGUGGGCCGCGAGGGGUUCGGGACGCUAAAACUCAGCUGUUGAGCCACCUGCCAGUUCUCCAGUUGCCGGACCAGCUCAUCUAUCGUGUCGGGGUGGUUGGUGGCGAGGGUUCUUCGGGCGUCUGGCGGGAGCUGACGGACGGAAUUGUCUAUUAAAGUCCUGUCGGCUGCCAGGGCUUGGUCCCGCUGCUGACGCUGGGUGGUGGCUGCGGCGGCGGCUCCAUCCGGGUUUUGCAUUGGCGGGUGGGUUGGUAAACCUGAGUGGUCCGUAGCGUGGUCAGGCUGCCCGCAUCCUCCACCAUAUGUGACGACACGGCCCCAGGAAUGUCUCUCUCACUCAGGAAAUCACCAUACGCCAAGGUCCGUUCAAAGCCCAAUAAGGCGUUUAUUCAUUGAACAACGGAAAACCGCGUGGGUCUGUGCCCAACGCGGGGAAACCAAAAAUCAUACUGACUCCGUGAGCCACGGUAGAGUCCAGGUGAUUGUCUCUAUUGUCUCGUCCCUGGAGAGGGAGGUCACACCCGUCGGUAGCGCUCUUCCAGCAGUGCGUUCCGUGUUGGCGUACGUCGACCGGGCGUGCGGGUUCCCUCGGGACCGCUGGGGGAAGGUCCCGCUAGAUCGACCCGUCUACCUGUCCGUAUCGGGUCCUGGAGGUUCCCUGCUCCGCUCGGACUCCCAGUUCUCCCCCUAAGACAAAAUGUCGCCGCCGUUUGAAGGGGUACCUGGUCUUCCGCGUCCUCCGCCACAGGUGUUCUCCAUUGCGCCAAUUAGGGUGACGCACUGGACGCUCUCUGGCGGUUAUCGGCGGUAUAUGCCAUCCACCACCUCUCCCCUGGGCCGCCUGGCCCGAGGUGUUGGGACCGGGUUGCCACAACGCACACACACAGGAUAACAAUGGCAGUGGUGAACAUCAUUCAUUCGUGAUUCUGAUUCCCCACCAGUGAUCCUACUGUGCAACAUGUCAUUCAUUGUCCUAUCAUUACCGGACGAAUAAUUUCUUAUAUAUAUAUAUAUAUAUAUAUAUAUAUAUAUAUAUAAUAAAUGCCUGUGGGCUCUGUUUCUUGUUAUGCUACCUGUGUGAUGCAUACAGUACAGUACUGUAUGUAUUCUCCUCCUGCAAAACAACUUUCCCCUUGGGGACAUAAGAGAUUGUUGAACUUAGAUGAAUAUGUAUAUAUAUAUAUAUUUAAGAAAAAAAGCUUUGUUUGGGGUAUCCAUGAUCUACCCAUUGGGCAAGAUGACAUGAUAGAACAAUAUGGAAGUAGAGUCGCUAGCAGCCUGAGCGCGGUGGUCGCUGCUUCAGCCCCGCGGGGAAUGGAAGACUUAAACACAAUGCUGUGAAAAUCAGGUCAGCUGCGCGCCUCGCUGCUCGUCUCGAGGAUGUGGGUUGAAUGUUAAGAUGAGGGGGGGGGUUUAAAGAACACAUGACAGGAAGACUCAAGGGAAGAAUUGUGUGCUACAAUUACAUAUAUAUAUAUAUAUAGCAGGAUGCAUGAAGACGCAAUGAAUGUAUGCACACACACAUUCAAACGCACAGAUGAAUAACUACAUCCAUCACUUAUACAUACAUCCACAUAUUAACAGACAUAGGCAAAUAUGGACACACACGUGCACAUGCUUUGGCACACACGCACACACACUGACACAGAGUAAGAUACACAUGCACACUUUGACGCAGACAAACAUACAAACUACGAUGAACAGACUAACACACACACAUAUUGUAUGCCUGUGAUUUUUGUAACAAACAUGCAUCCACAGAAACAUAUAAUGGUGGACACACACAUAGCCACAGACACAUGUACUCAGAGACUCAGAGAGAUUGUCCUACUUUCAGAAAUGAUUCUCAUUAAACCACUUGUAAGGAGAGAGAGAGAGAGAGAGAGAGAGAGAGAGAGAGAGAGAGAGAGAGAGGGAGAGGGAGAGGGAGGGAGAGAGAGGGAGAGAGAGAGAGAGAGAGAGAGAGAGAGAGAGAGAGAGAGAGAGAGAGAGAGAGAGAGAGAGAGAGAGAGAGAGAGAGAGAGAGAGAGAGAGAGAGAGAGAGAGAGAGAGAGAGAGAGAGA